AUGGCAUCAAGAUCCGUCUUUGUCUUCACAAUUCUCUUGUCUCUUGUUCUGGUCUCCUGUCGCCCCACCGGAUCAUCCAACACCGCCAAAAAGAUGAUGAUCAGGAAGGCAUGCAGGAAAACAAACGACUUCAGAUUCUGUGUCUCCACUCUUCUUAAGUCCUAUCAACGUAGCACUGCUGCAGAUCCCAAAGCCCUCACGAGGAUCCUCGCCGAGCGCGCGCUCUCUAAGGUCGACGAAGCCAGUGCUUACGUCGAGAAGGUAUUCUACUACCAUCCAGAUAUGGUGGUCAAGGAGUACCUUGCGUUAUGCCUCGAUGAUUACGCGCAGGCCGCGCAAAAGCUCAGGCAGAUCGGAGACACCUUAGCAAGCGGUGGGGAUUACAAGGAGGCGCCCAAGCUCUUGAGGGAGAUCGCUAGCCAUGCCACUGACUGCCAAGAAGCCUUUGAGAGGAAAAAAUCACAAAGUGAACUUAACUAUAGGCCUCCCAGGCCGUGUCCUCUCUCCCGGCAGAAUAAAAUCAUUCAACUAAUGGCUGAGGCUGCCGCAGGUUUAUUAGCGUAG